AUGGACUUUCAAGGGGGGGGCCUGGAAGGCCUGCUGGGGGCCUUAGGGGGCGCUGCUGGCGGGGCUGGAGGCCUUGAGGCGAUAUGGGAGAACCCGAUGGUAACCAGCAUAGCCUUCCAUCCCAGCAAGGCAGAGCCACAGUUCUUGGAUUCCACUGGAGCUGUAAGGGAUGGAACUUUUGAGAUGUCAGACGGCACGAAGAUCAGCUACCGCUUCUACGUGCCGCCGGACGCCGCCGGCGUAAAAGCCGUUAUCUAUUUCUUUCAUGGCAAUGCAGAAGUGUGCACUGCGCUGGAUGACGUCGCUGAGAUGCUCCACUCCUGUGGCGCGGCCGUGCUGUCCGUCGACUACCGGGGAUACGCUUGGGGAACAGGUCAACCCAGUCUGAAGAAGCUCUGCCCGGAUGCAGAGCAGUGCUUCCUUCAGAGUGAAUCUUUGCUGCAGGCAGCCGGGGUGGGCGAGGCCAAGAGGGUCAUGCUUGGCCGUUCCAUCGGCGCCACCUGCGCUGUGCACCUUGCAGCAAAGCAGGCGCGACGAGUCCAUGGGCUGAUCGUGGAUUCAGGCUUAAUGUCGAUCAAGCAGAUACCAACGGUGAGCAUGCUGGCGCCGAUGGUCUUUCAAGGUCAGACGGAGAAGUUUGCGAUGCUGCCGGAGCCCUUCGACACGCUGGGCAAGCUGCCAUCCGUUGGGUGCCCGGUCCUCGUAAUGCAUGGGGACAAGGACGAGAUCGUGCCUUACCAGCAGGCUGUGCAGUGCCACGAGAAGCUGGCGACUGGGAGCAAGAAGCUGCAGUGCUGGGUAGGUGCUGGGCACAACGACUGUUGGGCUCUGUAUUUCGAGGCAUGGAAGCAGGAGGUCAAGACUUUGCUGGAGCAGGCAGAAUUGAAAGUUUGGACAACAUACCUGCGCCUGAACUGCUAG